AUGUCGGACCAGAACCACGCGCCCACGUCGCGGUCCAAGCCGCCGCCGCCCGGCGAGGAGGAGGCGGGCGCGGUGCUCAAGCUGGGCGAGUUCGAGGGCGUCGACACGCUGACGCUGUCGGAGGCGUCGCUGGUCAUCGACGCGCUGAUCCUGAAGCGCCGCAAGGACCGCAAGGACCGCAACGAGACCGACGUGCUCAACAAGACGCUCGACUACCUCGACGCCUUCGCCCGCUUCAAGGAGAAGGAGAACGUCGAGGCCGUCGAGCGCCUGCUGAGCUCGCAUAAGGAGCUGACCAAGUUCGAGAGGGCGCAUAUCGGCUCCCUCUGCUGCGACAACGCCGAUGAGUGCAAAACGAUGAUCCCUUCGCUCGCCGAUAAGAUUUCCGACGAGGACCUUCAAGAGCUGCUGGAUGAGAUGGCCAAGCUCAUGAGCAGUUGA